ACAUCAUGAACUCGCUAUUGAUCUUGAUGCCGGGAUUUUGCCUCGCCAUAUACCAACAUCAACACAUUAAAGGGAAUUCGUGCAAUAUUAGUUGCAAACGAGAGGUACAUCAGCAUCUCGAAAGCCUCGUCAUUUUAGUGAUACUUGUUACUAGCAUUUGCGAACGGCAACGACUUAUAGGCGGCACCUUUCGAACUUCUACUCACCCUUUACGAAGUCCAUCCCGCGCGGUAUCAACAUCGACUCAUGAAUCGUGGCGCAAACGGCGAAUCGGGGCCGGUUCUGGAUCCGAUACCGUUCCCAUUGGCAAUGGGCCUCUCUGCCCUUAUCGCCAUUGCCGUGUAUAACAGCGUCGAACUAUUCAUAUUCAUCUUCCGCACGUUCAGUCGUCGUCGAGGGCUGUAUUUCUGGAGUGCGGUAUGCGCGACUACGGGGAUCUUGCUCAUCCCAAUACUUUGCCUACUGCGGUUCUUCGCGCUCGCCAACCCCGGCACCAUGGCAUCACUCAUCAGUGUUUCGUGGAUGUGCAUGGUCACGGGGCAAUCUCUUAUGUUAUAUUCGCGUUUACACCUCGUGCUAUGUGACCCGCGCAAACUGCGCUGGCUGCUAUGCAUGAUCAUUGGCGUGUUUGUAUUCAUCGAAAUCCCAGUUGGCACUCUAUUUGCGGUUAACAAUUUCUUCUUCACUGGGGCUAGGGUGGCUACUGCGUACGACGUGAUGGAGAAACUACAGUUAUCGGUAUUCACUGUACAGGAAUGCCUGUUGUCUGGGCUUUAUCUGUACGAGUGGGCAGGCGUGCGGAAGGAACUGGAGAUAACCAAGGGCCCCAGAGUCCGUAGACUGUUCCAUGAACUCAUAGGGCUAUUCAUCUUGGUUCUUGCGUUGGAUUUAUCCCUUGUCGGUCUCCAGUUCUCAAACCAGUUUAAAAUUCAGAUCACCUAUAAGCCUGUGGUAUACAGCAUCAAGCUCAAGGUGGAAAUUUACGUCCUCAACACCCUUGUGGCCCUGCUUAACUCCAACUACAAUUGCCAACAGGGACUCCCAUUUCGGGACCAAACGAUACCACUCCAUACGAGAGCCGAAGAUGACCCAUGGCCGCCUCAAAACAUUCAUUCAGUAAAUGCGGCGGGUGAAAUGGCCAGGCAGAGAAGUGAAAACAGCACUAUGUGCGGCUCUCUUUCAUCUACAGGUAGCAGAAUUGCAAAAGUGCCGAGAAUCAUGUUGGGUGCGUGACUUGAUGGGACUCUAGUUGGGUUAUCGAGAUCACUAUGUAUAUAAGAUACACCACAGUUCAGGCACGCAAAAGCAAAUCAAAUUCUCUUUUACUACCAGAUAUGUGCAUAACAUGACCUGGCGAUGCCUGAAAAGGGCCCCCAACAUCAAAGUAAACAAC